UCCGGUUUGGGCGCCACAAAGUACAAAUAUACGGGUCGUAGUAGGUUAACAAAAUUAAAGUCUUCAAAGAUCGCUAACGUUAUUUAACAAUACUGAAUUAAAAUAACGAUGUAAUUAUUUUAUAGUCUAAAAGCCGGUUGUAUUGGUUUUAAUUCCGAUGACAGAACGAGUAAAAAUGCAUCAACAGCAAGAGUCAACGUAGAAAAUUAUCAAAACUGCUAACGCUGCAUCGUAUUAAAAUACAUGUCAACGUUAGCAUGUGUCAGUUAACACACGAAAUAAGCGAAAUUUUGAUUUUAUACAAUAAUAUCCACCAGUAACAGCGUUCUAAUUAUUUGCAGUACACGUAAACAAUUAUUUUGUUUCCUUCAAAUGAUAUACAAUCAUACAGUGCAGCAUACGCCUCUAAACAUCAACGGAAAUAUGUCGCCCUCUUGAGGUUAAAGUGCUGACUUCAUCCUUUUUAAUACCACAUUCUGUACGGUGAGGUAAAGUGGUAAAAAUUGUUUAUUUUCCUAUACAUAUAUUCAUAAAUUAUUUUAAAUUGUAAAGUUACGUGUUUUGUCCUGUUUUACUUAUUUGUUUGUUUCCCAUAAAGUAUGUUGACUAUUGAGGCAAAUCGAGGAACCUUUAUUCAUGCCAAAGAAGCCGUCGGACUGCUAAUAGUGUUGCACGGCAGCAGAGCCCCGUAGAGACGACUUGCUAACGCUGCUUGUAAUUAAAAUAGUACGUUUUGCUUGAUUGUGCGAUUCAUCAUAGUGGCAGAUCAUCUUGUCUCUUGCCUGGUGAUUCAAAUGUCGCAGUGAUGGCUGAUGACGACGUUUGCCCAGAGUUGGUUCCCAUCGAUGCCCAGCCUGAUGGUCUUGCAGAGCAGAUUCCCGUCACCAUCAUCUCUGGCUACCUUGGAGCUGGAAAGACCACACUGCUGAACUAUAUUUUAACAGAACAACACAACAAACGGAUUGCUGUCAUACUUAAUGAAUUUGGAGAAGGUAGCGCUCUUGAAAAGUCCCUGGCAGUGAGCCAUGCUGGAGAACUUUAUGAGGAGUGGCUGGAGCUGAGAAACGGCUGCCUCUGCUGCUCUGUCAAGGACAAUGGCCUUAAAGCUAUUGAGAACCUGAUGGAGAAGAAGGGAAAGUUUGACUACAUCCUCUUGGAAACCACGGGACUUGCUGAUCCAGGUGCAGUGGCCUCCAUGUUCUGGGUUGAUGCAGAGCUUGGCAGUGACAUCUAUCUGGACGGCAUUGUGACCGUCGUCGACGCCAAAUAUGGACUGCAGCAUAUAACUGAGGAAAAGGCUGAUGGUCUUGUGAAUGAAGCAGCAAGGCAGGUUGCACUGGCCGACCUGAUUAUUAUCAACAAGACUGAUCUGGUGGCGGAAGAGGAGCUCGCUCAAGUCUGUGAUGCUGUCAGGUCAAUAAACGGUGUGGCCAAUCUCCUGGUAACCCAGAGAUCAAGGGUGGACCUCUCUGAAGUCCUCGACCUUCAUGCCUUCGACAGUAAGGAUGGCACAAAUUUAUCCGAGAAGUUUCAGAUUUUCAAACCGACAAGACCUCAUCUUGACAAGAGUAUUGUAACAGUGACUUUUGAAGUGGUCGGAAGUCUUUCAGAGGAUGCCCUAAAUGUUUUCAUUCAGGAUCUCCUUUGGGAAAAGACGCUGAAAAACAAAGAGGGGCAACCCAUGACUGUCAUCCGCUUAAAGGGAAUAGUGUCACUGGCGGCUAAAGCCCACCAAGUCAUGCUGCAGGGGGUCCACGAGCUGUACGAGCUCAAGGAGACUCCCCAGCUUUGGGAAGAGCACCCACGGAUCAGCCGACUGGUCUUUAUAGGCAAGAACUUGGACAAAGAUAUUCUGGAACAACAGUUCAUCUCCACUGUGGUACAAAUAGAUGAAUAAUCAGUUGGGAGGGGGGCACGGUCAAAACAGAGGAGCAGCUCUUGGGGGUUUGAGGAUGAUGAAGCACACGAGAGGUUAGCUAAUGUUAACAGGACGUCUAGAAUAAGGAGACUUUGUCUUAUCAUUAUAUAAACACUGAUACUAUGGCUACUACUAAUAAUGUACUUUGUUACAAGCAACAAAGAAAAUUCACAUGGGAAAUGUACGGUAUCGUCACUUGCGUUUUUUUCCCCUUUUAGCCUAUAACAUGCUGUUUUUCCAGUAGCAGUAAAAAACUCACAAAGGUGGAGGUAAUUGGUUUUCAUUGAGUGGAGGAAAAAGGAAAUCCAAUGAAAACCAUGUAUUGUUGCAUUAUUCUUAUCUUUUUAGCCACAACAUGUAAAUAUUUAUGCAAAUAUUUAUGCUGUUAAGAUGGAGAUCAUUGCUGUAAAUUGGGGGGGGGCUGUCCCAUGAAAAUGUGUCUCCUUUUAGAGGAUUUAAAAAGGAAACGAUUUUAGAGGAAACGUGACUAAAUAAGAAUUCAAAUUUCAAAUUUGGAGAUAACAUGCUUUCAUUGGCAGUGCCCCUCGGCCGAGAGGCGGGGUACACCCUGGACUGGUCGCCAGCCAAUCACAGGGCACAUAUAGACAAACAACCAUUCACACUCACAUACAUACCUAUGGACAAUUUGGAGUCGCCAAUUAAUUUUUGGAAUCUGGGCGGAAACCAGAGUACCCGGAGAAAACCCAUGCAUGCACUGGGAGAACAAGCAAACUCCACACAGAGAUGGCAGAGGGUGGAAUUGAACUCGGGUCUCCAAGCUGUGAGGCCUGUGCGCUAACCUCUCUCUACCGUGCAGCUCUUCUGUGAGUUUCUAUACACAAAAAUUGUAAAUUCAUGAAAAAAGUCAAAACAUUACUUAGAAACUUUCACAGGAUGAUUUCCUUGGCAAGGUGAAGUGUAAAUGUGUUAA